AUGGUCAAAUUAGUUGAAAACUACGAAGCUGUUCCAUUAAAAGAUACUGCUAUCUUUAAACCAACUAAAGUUGGUGUUACCAACUUACAACAUAGAAUAGUCAUGCCAGCCUUGACUAGAAUGAGAGCAUCUGCCCCCUUCAAUGUCUUGGACAGUGAAUGGGCUGCUGAAUAUUAUGAUCAAAGAUCCAAGACUCCAGGUUCUAUGAUUAUCACUGAAGGUGCUUUCAUUUUCCCACAAGCUGGUGGAUAUGAUAAUGCACCAGGUAUUUACUGUGACGAGCAUGUCCAUGCUUGGUCCAAGAUAUUUAAGAAGAUCCAUAACAACAAGUCCUUUGUUUGGUUACAAUUAUGGGCUUUAGGUAGACAAGCUCCACCUUCCUGUAUGGCUAGAGAUGGAUUAAGAUUAGAUGCUCCCUCUGGUGAUCUUUAUUUGAAUGAAGAAUUUAAAAAAUCAGCUCAAGAAGUUGGUAUUAAACAACAUGAAAUGACUGAAGCUGAUAUUGAACAAUACGUUGAAGAUUAUAUUACAGCAGCCAAAUUAUCCAUUGAAGCUGGUGCAGAUGGUGUAGAAAUCCAUUGUGCUAACGGUUAUUUAUUAAACCAAUUCCUAGAUCCAAGCUCAAACCAAAGAACAGAUAGAUAUGGUGGAUCCAUUGAAAAUAGAGCUAGAUUCCCAUUGGAAGUUGUAGAUAGAGUUAUUGAAGCCAUUGGUGCUCAUCGUGUAGGUAUUAGAUUUUCUCCAUAUGGUACUUAUGGAUCAAUGUCAGGGGGUGAAAAUCCAAACAUCUUGGCUCAAUACGCUUACAUUAUUGGUCAAUUAGAAAAAAGAGCAGAAUUACAGAAUAAUAGAAUUGCAUACAUUCAUUUAGUUGAACCUUCUACAACAGAUUUCACAUUAGAAGAAGGAUUAGGUGAAUUUAAAGAUGGGAGUAACGAUUUUGCUUAUUCUAUUUGGAAAGGUCCAAUCAUUAGAACUGGUAGUUUAGCUUUGAAUCCAAAAUUAGUCAAAGAAUUAUGUGAAAAAGAUGAUAGAACUUUGGUAGCAUUUGGUAGAUAUUUUAUUUCUAAUCCGGAUAUUGUUCAAAGAAUGGCAAAGGGUCUACCAUUGACACAAUACGAUAUAAGUACAUUCUACACUCCAGGUAAAGAAGGAUAUAUCGAUUAUCCAAAUUAUGAAGAUUUAUAA